AGUGAGCUCUGUGGGCGGAGCUCCGUGUCAGUGUCGGGCUCUUGCUGCCCCCAGCACAGCGCGCUCCGCCGGCUCUGGGACAACAUGGCGCUGAAAAGGAUUCAGAAGGAACUAAUGGAUUUGCAGAGGGAUCCCCCAGCUCAGUGCUCUGCUGGUCCUGUGGGAGAGGAUUUGUUUCACUGGCAGGCGACUAUCAUGGGCCCUAAUGACAGCCCUUUCCAAGGUGGCGUUUUCUUCCUCACCAUUCAUUUUCCCACAGAUUAUCCCUUCAAACCCCCCAAGGUGGCAUUUACAACCAAAAUCUAUCACCCCAACAUUAACAGUAAUGGCAGCAUUUGCCUGGAUAUCCUACGAAGCCAGUGGUCACCGGCUCUUACUGUAUCCAAGGUUCUGCUGUCUAUCUGCUCUCUCCUCUGUGACCCCAACCCAGACGAUCCUUUGGUGCCAGAGAUCGCUCACACAUAUAAAGCAGACCGGGAGAAGUAUAACAGACUAGCACGAGAAUGGACACAGAAAUAUGCAAUGUAACACACUCUAAUAGCACAGCCAGACUGACAGACUGGAGAGGGCAGAGACCCUCCCACUUCUCUUGUUUAUCUUCUUGUGCCAACAUCCCUGCAAUGUUUUUAUACUAUACCGACCAACCAAAAAUAACCCAGCAACUCCAAGGAUGCCCCCUUUCCCCCUCCACAUUCACCUUUACGCAACUUGGCUGAGGAAGAGGCUUACUCCUUCUCACUCCAGAAUCUGCUGCUGUUAGGACACUCUCCUGCCUAUUCUACUUGUAUGCCUGGCUCCAAUAGGUUGAGCACCUCUCCCUUCUGCAUCGAAACCUCCCUGCCCUGAGAUCUGCUUUCAAAGUGCUCAUAUAUCACCUUACCCUCUUCUUUAAAUAACUCAGGACAUGGAUAUUUGUUUGGGAAGGGUCCCAUGAACCUCCCCUUCUGUAGCCCUCCCUUUCCCAGCGUAGCAUGGCUAGUAGCUGCUGUUGCUGGUACAAGAGUCCUCGUGGAAAUUGGAGGAAGAUCAGGUGUCAUCUGAGUUUCCAGGCCAUUCACUUGCCAUAAAGUUGUCUCUCUCGUCCUAUGUCUGUACUGAGCAGAAGAGCCAAGAUGAAUAUGGAAGAACAGUUUGCAAUGCAAUUCGCACAACGUGGCAGUAUUGUUUGCAAUGGCUACACUCCCUGAAUGUCUGUCUGCUGUACAAUCUUUAUAGUCAGAGUGGGGAGAACGGACUCCUGGAACCCCCUAUUCUAUUUUUAAUGAAUGAGCAAGCUCUAUGCUUAUUACACCAAUAACUAUUCAUGGUACCUUGGGGAUGUGCGUCAUCAACACAAUGGUGGUACGCUUAUCUGCCUAGCAUCUCUGUUUACUUGGAUAAGAUUGUGUCAUUAACACUCAUCUGUGUUACUUCUAUCAUCACACUAACUCAUAUCAUUGUGUGCUUAGGAUAUAUUUAACGAUUUGUGUUAAGCAGGUCUCACCCUACCUAAAAUGCUAGCCCCUUUUGUAAAUGAACAGGUUUUGCAUCAUCCAUUGUGAAACUCCCUCACUCUCCUUUUGGAGCAGAAGCUUGCAAGCCGCUCUGUCAGUCCAGUGUUUCUGGUGUACCCACAUGUGGUUGAUACAGCCAUUUUGUUGGCUGUUCGGUUCCGUAGGGGCUGGUGCUGUCAUUGCUGCCUUAGUGAUGUCAUCACUACCUGGGGAAUUGAUAAGGCUGCGUUCUGCUGGUUCAGCCUCCAAGAUGGCUGCCUUGACUGUGUACACUUUAAAUACUUGAGUGCCAGAUGUGCCUUGCAACACGUGACAGGCAGGGGAAUGUUUUGUUCAGCACUGUGAAUUUAGCUUUGCUCCAGUCUACCUCACUGAAUUCUGGGACAAAAUGCCCCCACCCUCCCCCACCACUUAAAUGAACGGUGGCGACUCUACAAUGUUUGCACCGAAGAGCAAAAUGCUGUACUGCAUACAGGGUCUCUCCUUUGUAUCAUACAAGCAUAGUGAAGAGUCUGAACUUGUACGGUCAUUAAUACACACAGCUAAUCAUGAACAUGAUGUGCUGUAUAUUUGCAGAGUAUCUUUAAUAUUAAUAUUACAUUGUUUUACAUUGCUGAGUAUCUACUAAAAACUUGCACUGUGUAUUGAUGCUGAGUGUCUGUAUACAAUGUUUAUGAAUGUGCUGCACUGAAUUAUGUUACUGAGACUCUGUAGCUCCUGGACUCCAGGACACACAUGUAACAGGCUGCAAUUUUCUGGUCCUCCUGGGGUGAUUUUGACGAGGCAGCUACAAGAUUUAAAGCGGCACUUCGUUUUAAAGCAGAACCAGGUUGUUUGUGCUUUAAAACGUGAUGCCACUUUAAAUCUAGCGGCUAUCUCACCAAGAUCACUCCGGGACCAGCAAAUCAUAGCAUUACACAGGCCUGAGUCUGCAUUGGAGAUUUAGUACUAGUUUAAUUGAUGACAAGUGAACAGGACAGUUGCUGAGUAACCAACCAGUGUUCACAUAUGUAGUAAAUGGGGAAAGCAAAUAUGGCUGCUCUGAGACUGUUUGCCCAGGAAAGAGGAUUAAUAGUGGUGUUUGUGCUAUGCUCACUCCAGGUCUACCUUCCUCUAUAACUCGCAGUUCUCCACCUGUGCUUAUUGGGGGAAUAGCGCCCAGGACGUUGCAUAGUGCUAAUCAUUAUACUCUUUCUUGGGUAAACUGGUUUUCCAAGGUUUUUUCUUUUUGGAUUACUACUUUGCAUCCUGUAGUAAAACAAACAAACAAAAAAAACACAAAAAAAAGGACCUGUCCCCAUGUUGCAUACACACAGUGCUAGCAACCACCUUGUCAGCUCACCCAAUGUUAAUGGGAUUGUUCACUAGCAACCAGUACCUCAUAAUUAUUCAUCAGGCAUCAUGAAUAUUAGUCAAGAAGUGCCUCAGUGAUGUCACUGGUUCCCAGCGAAUGAGUAGACUUCAGCCUCAUAAAUAUCAGGUGAGCCCACAAUUUGGCAAUCUGCGCUGUGUGUAGCUGCUCUUUAAAUGAAAUUGAUACCUUGUUCAUCCAUAUCUACAGGAGAAACUGGUCUUGCCCACUUUCAUGAUAUCUCAUAAAAUGUGCUUGAAAAUAAAAUCAGCAAUGUUAGAACAUACCUAGAAGUAAGGGUCACUGCACCUAACUAAUUUAUUUAUUCAUGAUUAUGUUUAUAUUUAAAAAGAAAUCGGUUGUCUUUUCCCCCCCCCUCCAUAAACAGGAAUCUGCAUUAAA